GGUUAGUGAAGGCGCAGUACAGUCAACAUCAGCAGAUGCUCGUCUGCAGCGCGUACGACUUCUAUCCAAAGCAAAUCAGGGUGACGUGGCUGAGAGACGGAAAGGAGGUCACAUCUGAUGUGACAUCCACUGACGAGCUGCCCAAUGGGAACUGGCUGUAUCAGAUCCACAGCUACCUGGAGUUCACGCCUAAACCUGGAGAGAAGAUUACCUUCAUGGUGGAGCAUGAAAGCCUCAAAGAACCGAAGCUUUAUGACUGGGAGCCGGAGUCGGAUUCAAAGUGGAGUAAGAUUGCUGUUGGCUCAGCAGGGCUGCUGCUCGGUUUGCUGUUUUCUGUUGCUGGCUUCAUCUAUUACAAGACAACAUCAAAUGGACGGGUGGUGGUGCCUACAACAGAGAAUGUAUGUCCAGAAGAAACCCUUUAGGCUGCAGGAAUGUUGAGAAGCCCCACACACAUCUAUCAACCACCGGAAACUGUUCUUAAUCCCACAUUUGAUAGGAACUCGAAAGAGGGAACAUAUGACCCCUGUCCUGGCCUCACUUCACUGGCUGCCUGUCCGCAGAUCAGCGGCUCUUGGAGCGAGAUCCAGAAGGAAGCUCAGAGGUGACCGGGCUUUCUCUGUCAUGGGCCCUAAGUUAUGGAACGACUUGCCUUUGCAGG